CCCUCGUUGGUCACAAAAACCAACAAAAAUAAAUAGAUAUGAAAUAAAAAUUUAAAAGAAAUAAAAUUAAAAAGGAAGUACCACGUCGACGUCGGAGGCCGGGCUGGGGUCGUAGGCAGCUGGGUAUGAGGGCUGGAGAACGCUUCGCAGAGGCCCCAAGGCACCCACGUCACAGGUCACAGGUCACAGGUCACAGGGCUGCUCCGCCCCAGCGCGGAUGGGCCCGGCACAGCCUCCAGUCUCGUGUGUUGUCCUUUCCCCCCAGCCGCUCUUCAGGGGAGGAGUCAUGUCACGCCGCAGCCAGCGCCUCUCGCGCUACUCCCAAGGGGACGACGAUGGCAGCAGUAGCAGCGGAGGGAGCUCCGUGACAGGGAGCCAGAGCACCCUGUUCAAAGACAGUCCUUUGAGGACCUUGAAGAGGAAAUCCAGCAACAUGAAGCGCCCAUCCCCAGCCCCCCAGCUGGGCCCCUCCUCGGAUUCCCACACCUCCUACUACAGCGAGUCAGUGGUCCGGGAGUCCUACAUAGGCAGCCCCCGGGCCGCCUCCCUGGCCAGGAGCGCCCUCCUGGAGGACCGCCUGCGCAGUGAGCCCUACUGGAGUGAGGACCUGCAGGUGAGGAGGAGGAGAGGAACUGGGGGCACGGAGAGCAGCAAGACCAACGGGCUGGCGGAGAGCAGGGAGGACUUCCUUGGCUCCUCCUCAGGCUACUCUUCUGAGGAUGACUUUGCAGGCUACCCGGAUGUGGACCAGCCUAGUUCAGGGUCUCGGUUAAGCAGUGCCGUGUCACGAGCAGGCUCCUUCGUAUGGAUGGUACUCACAUUUCCAGGCCGGCUCUUCGGACUCCUGUACUGGUGGGUUGGCACCACGUGGUACCGCCUGACCACAGCUGCCUCCCUCCUGGACGUCUUCGUGUUAACCAGGCGCUUCUCCUCUCUGAAGCCGUUCCUCUGGUUCCUCCUGCUGCUGCUCCUGCUGACCGGCCUGACCUAUGGUGCUUGGUAUGUGUACCCACACGUGCUGCAGACAUUCCACCCUGCCGUGGCCUCCUGGUGGGCAUCGGACAGCAGAAGGCACCCUGAGGCGUGGGAAUCGAGGGACGCGUCCCCCCUCUUCCAGGCUGAGCAGCGCCUGCUGUCCCGGGUCCAUGCCCUCGAGCGCCGCCUGGAUGCUCUUGCCGCCGAUUUUUCCUCCAACUGGCAGAAGGAGGCCAUUCGGCUGGAACGCCUGGAGCUCCGGCAGGGCAGUGCCGGCCAUGGAGCAGGCGGGGGCCUGACUCACGAGGACACCCUGGCGCUCCUGGAGGGGCUGGUGAGCCGCCGCGAGGCUGCGCUGAAGGAGGACAUCCGCAAAGAGGCCGCGGCCCGCAUUCAGGAAGAACUGGGCGCUGUGCGGGCAGAGCAUCACCAGGACUCUGAGGACCUCUUCAAGAAGAUCGUCCAGGCCUCCCAGGAGUCCGAGGCUCGUGUCCAGCAGCUGAAGUCAGAGUGGCUAAGGCUGACCCAGGAGAACUCUGGGAAGGAGCUGGGGCGGAUGGAGGCCCAGCUGGCCAACCUGCAGCAAGAGCUGGCGGCCCUGACCCAGAAGCAGAGCUCCAUGGCAAAGGAAGUAGGGCUGCUGCCACAGAAGAUCCAGGCUGUGCGGGACGAUGUGGAGUCCCAGUUCCCCACCUGGUUUGGUCAGUACCUUCUCCGAGGAGGGGCCGCCCACCCCAGCCUCCUGCACAGGGAGGAGGUGCACACUCAGCUGCAGGAGCUAGAGCGUCAGAUCCUCGCCCACGUGGCAGAAAUGCAGGGCAAGUCCGUGAGCCAGGCCGCUGCUCUCCUGGGACAGACACUGCAGAAAGAAGGCGUGGUGGGGGUGACAGAGGAGCAGGUGCACCGGAUUGUCAAGCAGGCCCUGCAGCGCUACAGCGAGGACCGCAUUGGGAUGGUGGACUACGCGCUGGAGUCGGGAGGGGCCAGUGUCAUCAGUACCCGGUGUUCAGAGACCUAUGAGACCAAGACGGCCCUCCUCAGCCUCUUUGGCAUCCCGCUGUGGUACCACUCCCAGUCGCCUCGCGUCAUUCUCCAGCCAGAUGUGCACCCAGGCAACUGCUGGGCCUUCCAGGGGCCCCAGGGCUUCGCCGUGGUCCGCCUCUCCGCUCGCAUCCGCCCCACAGCUGUCACCUUAGAGCACGUGCCCAAGGCCCUGUCACCCAACAGCACCAUCUCCAGUGCCCCCAAGGACUUCUCCAUCUUUGGGUUUGACGAAGACCUGCAGCAGGAAGGGACGCUUCUUGGCACAUUCACCUAUGACCAGGACGGGGAGCCCAUUCAGACCUUCUACUUCCAGACCCCUAACAUGGCCACGUACCAGGUGGUGGAGCUGCGGAUCCUGACCAACUGGGGCCACCCCGAGUACACCUGCAUCUACCGCUUCAGGGUGCACGGGGAGCCUGCCCACUAGCCCCUUGACCUCUCACGCCUGCUGCCAGCCACGCCGGAGGCUUGCCCUCCUCCCCCAGCAUCUGCCUCUGCCCAGGGAGUGGGCGCCCAGCAUCCUACCACUGUCCCCCCCGCCCCCCGACAUGCUUCAUGGGCAUUCUGACUCCCAGGAAGCAAGAAGAGCCCCAGCCCCCGGGAGAUGAGGAAAACCGUGUGUGCUUCCUCGAGUAGCAAGGCGGCCGGCAGCCCUCGCCCCCCCCCCCCCUCGAGCUGCGGGCACGGGGGUAUAGAUGUGGCACACCAUGGGGACGGGAGGUGAAGCCAACAGCCGUCACUCUGGUGGGAGGCAGGUAGACGGAGGAGGUGCCCAGGCUGAGCCACCCAGGAGACUAGGUGGGUGCAUCGUGCAGGCCUCUAGGAGGGUGGGUGGCACCAGGCAGUAGGCAUCUGGCGGAGGGGCCCGUUCUCUCCAGAAGGCAGGCUGUGGGGAGCCUCGGGCCUUGGACCCCAAAGAGUUCUUCUAGAAGCCUGCAUUUGUCCUGGGUUAGUAAAGGCCAGGGGGCUUCUUGUACCUUGGAGGGAGCUGGCUUCUCUGAGCCACCGUCUGUGCCAAUGUGGCCUUCCCAGUGCUGGGAUGGGUAGUGUACCCCGGAUGCUAGGGUGAGGGCCCGCUAGUACCCCAGUGCAAGCUGUCCACCCUCUCCCCAGUUAGUGGGGGACCCAGGAGGAGGGAGCAGGGGACCUCAGGGCUCUCCUGGCCCCGUGCUGUUCAGGGUCGCCAGCGGGAGAAGGGUUGUCUCACCAGGCCCCAGGGGCAACCUCAGCACCCCCUUGGCUCUUGGCUCUUGCUUACCUUGUUUCCUGUCCGGCUCUCUGUGGGAUGGGGUGGGGGUGCUGGCAGAAGCUCCCCUGCCUGGCAGGGAGACGCACAGCGCCUGCUGUAUUGUGUAUAUAUUUUUUCAAGGCUUUUUCCCCUUUUUUUUAAAACUGAAAAGCUAAGGGCUUGAUUCCUAGCCCCGUUCUCUGGGGCAACUGGGUAGCAGUCAGUUUCUAGUUCCUGGCUGAGGGGGGCCUGGGCCUGGCUUGUGGGCAGGAGCUGCAGGCAGGCAGUCCUGCGUUACAGGGGUCCUGCAUUACAGGGCUGAGCCUGACUCAGCUUCCAGGCCCCACACAGCCCUGGCCCUCUGAGACCACUGGGGCUGGGCCUGUGCUCUCCUGUCACAAAUGCUGCACUGUUGGUUCUUAAUUUUUUUAUCUUCAGAUUCUAAUUUAUGGCUAUGCAAAAAUAAAGGAUGCCCAGGA